GGGGAACCUGGAAUUCCUGGAAGCCUGGGGCCAGCGGGGACCCCUGGACAGCGAGGAGAACAGGGAGAUUAUGGCAUCCCAGGCUACGGUCAGAUGGGACGAAAAGGAGUUAAGGGCCUGACAGGACUUCCUGGGGAUCCAGGGCAGAAGGGUGAUGCUGGAGAUGCUGGAAUUCCUGGGGAGCCUGGACCCAAAGGAUUCAAGGGAUUGAUUCUCUCUCACGGCUUGAAAGGCGAGAGUGGACUUCAGGGGUCUCAAGGCCCUCCGGGACGGAGAGGUCCUAAAGGUAUAGCAGGGCAACCUGUGUAUUCCUCCUGUGAACUGAUCCAGUUCCUGCGGAAACACAGUCCCUGUUGGAAAGAAAAGUGUCCCGUGUACCCAACAGAGCUGGUAUUUGCCCUGGACCAGUCUUCUGGUGUCACAGAAGGGAGGUUUAAUGAAACGAGAGACAUCGUCACUUCCAUUGUGAAGGACCUCAACGUCAGGGAAACCAACUGCCCGGUGGGCGCACGGGUGGCUGUGGUUUCCUAUGACUCAGACACCGGCUAUCUAAUCCGCGGGUCUGACUACCACAGCAAGAGGCAUCUCCUGCAGCUUCUCUCCCAGAUAAAAUACCAAGUCCCCCGGAAGGCCAGGGACAUUGGCAGCGCAAUGAGGUUUGUGGCCCGCAACGUCUUCAAGCGUAUGUCUCUGGGAACCAACGCCAGGAGAGUUGCCGUGUUCUUCAGCAAUGGCCAGGCAGACAAUAGAGGGUCCAUCCUCACGGCCACCAUGGAGCUCAGCGCCCUGGAUAUCAGCCUUGCAGUCUUUGCUUAUAACGAAAGAGUUUUCCUUGACGAGGCUUUUGGGUUUGAUGACACUGGGACAUUUCAAGUGAUUCCGGUUCCUCCAGUUGGAGAUUACGAGCCACAGGAAAUGCUUCGACGCUGCACACUUUGCUAUGACAAGUGUUUUCCAAAUACUUGUGUGGAAGAGCCUACCUUUCCUGAAAAUUCAUACAUGGACGUAGCGUUCCUCUUAGACAAUUCCCGUAACAUAGCCAACGAUGACUUCCAAGCCAUGAAAGGAUUGGUGAGCUCAGUGAUUGACAACUUCCACAUCACAUCAAACCCGUCAGCCUCCGACUCUGGUGACAGGGUUGCUUUGCUGAGCUAUCCUCCCUCAGAGAGUUCCAAAAGGAAGGGCAGGGUGAAGACAGAGUUUGCAUUUACAACCUACGAUGAUCAGUCCAUCAUGAAGAACUACAUCCACACUUCCCUCCAGCAGCUAAACGGAGAGGCCACCAUUGGUCUUGCCCUACAGUGGGCCAUGGAGGAUCUCUUCCUAGGAGCCCCCAGUCCAAGAAAACACAAGGUCAUCAUUGUGAUUUCAGCUGGAGAAAACCACGAGGAGAAGGAAUUCUUGAAGACAGUGGCUUUGAGGGCCAAAUGUCAAGGCUAUGUCAUUUUUGUGAUUUCUCUGGGCUCCACACAGAGAGAUGAGAUGGAAGAAUUAGCCAGCUACCCACUGGACCACCAUCUGAUACAGCUUGGGAGGAUGUACAAGCCAGAUCUGAAUUAUAUCGUCAAGUUCCUGAAGCCAUUUGUGUACUUUGUCAGACGCGGAUUCAAUCAGUACCCACCACCGGUGCUGGAGGCCGACUGCAGGAGCAUCAAUUUAGAGAGGGGAGAUGCGCUGAGCCAUGGCCUCCG